UUCCCAAGAAAAAAUAAAAUAAAAAAAAGGGGGCCGAGGAAUCUCUUAUCCAAUUUUAUCUACUUUGCUUGAUUAAUUUUCGUCGGUCCAUUCUUUAAAAACCCCACCUUUCUCCACUUUGAUUCCAUUUAUUUUUUCGAUUUUAAUUUCUCUCUUCAAAUUAUAGCCUCAAUUUUGUUCUCAUGGUCCCAUCAAAAUUUCCCAAUUUCUUACCACUUACUAAACUAUGAUCUAACACCCAUUUCAUUUUUUAGAAUUUUUCGAAAUUGGGUUAUUGUUUUUUUUACAGGAAAUUGAUCGUUGAGGUCUUUAAUAGAAGAAUCUCACGCCCUUUGAUCGUCAUAAAAUUCCCAGAUUCCUUCAAAGCUUCUCUUUUUUAACAGGAUUUGGAAGUAGGAGAUGGGGUCAUUACACGGACCAGUCGUUUGCCCUACAAUUCGUGCUAAGCAGGUCGGUGUUUACCAAACACCAAUUAGUGUCUCUUUGAUGAAGGAUGCCAUGUUCAGAAGUGCAUUUUGGGGCUAUAAAAGUGUACGCCAACAAUCUACUAAUGCGAGCAUGCUUACUCGCCCAAUUAAUAUCCGGAGGUUUGGUACAGUUCAUUGCACUUUUAGUUCGUCUUCCAAUGGAAGUGGUAACAGAGCAGAAAAGGAAAAUGAUGAGGAUUAUGUCAACUCCAGUGUAAUUGAAGCUGUUGAGGUGAAAAGUGGUUCAGAUGGUUUCACAAUUAAGAUGAGAGAUGGCAGGUUCUUAAAAUGUGUCCAUAACAGCCCUCAAGGUGGCCACCUUCCAGAUUAUGCACCACAUCCGGCCAUUGUGCUUAAAAUGGAAGAUGGAACGGAUCUUCUUCUACCAAUAAUUGUUUUGGAGAUGCCUAGUGUGUUGCUCAUGGCUGCUAUCCGUAACGUACAUAUUGCUAGGCCAACAAUGUAUCAAAUUAUGAAGGAAAUGAUUGAGAAGAUGGGAUAUGUAGUCAAACUUGUUCGUGUAACUAAGAGAGUCCAUGAAGCAUAUUUUGCUCAGUUAUAUCUCACAAAGGUUGAUAACGAAGAUGAAUGUAUCAGUUUUGACCUUCGACCUUCAGAUGCAAUUAAUAUUGCUGUAAGAUGCAAGGUGCCUAUACAAGUAAACAGGAACCUGGCUCAAAGUGAUGGUAUGAAGAUAGUUGAAUCUCCAAAGACGAUAAAUGUGGGCCUUGCAUCAGAUGUCAUGUCAUUCACGGAAUUGGAUCGGCCUAAUGGUCAGCCAUGUAUAGAGACAACAGAAUUUAACCUGUUGCGCAACAUGCUUAAUGCUGCUUGUGAGGAGCGUUAUCAAGAAGCAGCUCAAUGGAGGGACAAACUCACCCAACUUCGGGCUAAGAGAAACUGGGCAUGACAGAGUUGCAGAAAGCAAACAUUGUACAUUGUAUAUAAUUAUAUGAAGCUGAAGAUUAUGCUGGUUCCUCAAACAGAUCGAAAUGCCCUUUUUAGUGUUCUCUGUGUUAAUAAAUGCUGUAAUCAUAUUUGUGCAUAGUAGCUAAAGAUGAACAACCUUUACUCCCAUGAUAAUGGAACUUACUGUGACUCUUAGUAUGCUUCAGGCUACAAGGUUGUAUUGGUAACAUCCUUCACCUUUAGGCUGUAAUUCAAACACGAACAACAUGAAGCAAUGUAUGUGCAAUGUUGAAUGUUGCAUCGGCUAUGGAAAUGAGUCCAUAUGACACUCAGGUGGUAAACUGGAAAUAUAUGCUUUCAGGCUGUCUAGAACUUAAAAUGAUGUAAAAUUGGAUCUCUUAUAUAUUUCUAUUUGUUUAAAUUGCUGUCA